AUGCCAAAUAAAAGCCUUGCAAAUAGUAAGUCAUUGCUUGCGGCAACAAUGGAUAAAUUAUCCGAUCAGUUAAAAGUCAAUAAAUGGGAUGGUCCGACUGUUAGAAAUACAAUUGAUGAUGCAAUCAGGAAGAUUUUUAACGAAAAAUACGAUGCUUGGACAGAGAGGCAUACUUUGGCAGAUGGAAGAUUGAUAAUUUCUACAAUCGCAGUUACUUUCGCUAUCAUUUCUCUAGUGUAUGAUUACAUUGAGCCAUUCCCAAAGUCGAAACCGGUACUGGCAACAUGUUCUAUUACUUAUUUUAUAUUAGUAGGCGUCUUACAACUUUAUCACUGGUACAUUGAAAAAGGAACUUUUUACCAAGGUGUUGAAAUAGAUCCAACUGGUAAAACUCCGAGAAGAUAUUGGAAAUGGUCGUCAUCAAUUAAAAAAUAUGAUGAUAAAUAUACAUUGGAAGCCGAGUAUACGCAAGAAUCACGGACAGGACACAUAAAAGUUCUAAAAUCUAUAGGAACAUUCAUUGAUGAGGAAGGUGUUGUUGUUCUGCCAAUUUUGGAGAAAGAACUCUCGCAUAUUGUUAGCAGCGUUUUAAGAAAAGAUGAGUGA